AUGUUCAGCAGCGGCAAGAUCUUCGCCAUGUGCAUCGCCGCCGUGGCCGUCUCGAGCAGAGUGCACGCUGAGCGAGAAGUGGCUGAGACUUUUGGCCUGCUCGGCCUCGGCCUCGGCCUCGGCCUCGGACACGGCAUCGGCGUUGGAGUGCCGGGCGUUGCUAGUGUCGGAGUGGGCCCUGGCGCGUACGGCCCUGGCGUUGUUAGCCCAGGUGUCAGCGUCGGUGUGCCGGGCAUCGCUGGCGUCAAUGUCGGUCUCCCCGCUGUGGGCGUUGGUGGCCCCGCUGUUGUCGGUGGCCCCGCAGUCGGUGUUGGCGGCCCAGUUGUAGGCGGCCCCGCAGUCGCCGGUGCUCCUGCCGUCUCGACUGCCAACGCUGGCGCGCCUGCCAAUGCUGUCUCCAACGCGAACGCCGGUGCGCCUGCCACCUCUACUGCCAAUGCCAACGCUGGCGCGCCUGCCACCUCCACAGCCAACGCCAACGCUGGUGCGCCUGCAACUUCCACUUCCUCAGCUAACGCCAAUGCCGGAGCGCCAGCCACCUCCACAGCCAACGCGAAUGCGAAUACUGAUGCGCCUGCCACAGUCACAGCAAAUACGAAUGCGAACGCCGACGCCGGUCCUGGCGGCAACGGCGGCACGACUACCAAGACGGUCACGUCGACGACUACCGAUGGAACCGCUACUGCGACCACUUCGAAGACCAGUGGCGGCGCGUCGGCCACUGCAAUCGCAUCAGCGGACGCGAAAGCUAGACCGAGUGGUGGCCCGAGCGCUGGUCCUAGUGGUGGCCCGAGUGCAACCGGUGGCGCUAGCGAUGGCCCUGCUCCAAGCGCCGGGAAGACCGGUACUGCUGGCACGGGCACCAUUGCUCCGAGCGGCGGGAAGACCGGUACUGCUGCCACGGGCCCUUCGGCUCAGAAGGGGGGCCGCAAGCUCCGCUCGGUCGAAUGA